AUGAAGACCCCUAUCGUUAGAUCAUAUGUUAGGUCAAAAGUGCCGCGGCUGCGUUGGAAUUGUGAUCUUCACAACUCUUUUGUUCAAGCCGUUGAACAACUCGGUGGAGAACAUAGAGCAACUCCUAAGAUGGUUUUACAGUUAAUGGAUGUGAGAGGACUCACAAUAUCACAUGUGAAGAGUCAUCUCCAGAUGUAUAGGAGCAUGAAGUUGGAAGAAUCCAUGCAAGACGAGAUAUUAGCAAAGAGAAGUGUUAGAGUGACAGGACAAGUGACUUGGUGGCAGUUUCAACAGUACCUUCAUAACUAUCAACGUCUUCGAGGCAGUGCCAACCUUUUCCAAAAUCAACCAAGGCAAGAAGACGAAAUGUAUGAGAAAAUAAUAACAUUUGGAGAAUCAAGUAAUGGAAUUAAAGACGCACCAAGUGAAUAUUUUACUUGCAAGUCUCUCUAUGAAUCUUCAAGGGUCCGAGUUAGACGUAGAGCUGAUGAUGACAAUGGUAAAAUUGUUUGUGAUACACGAGAUGAUGGUAAUGUUGUUACUGUGUCACUAAACUCGAUAAAAGCUUCCAAAUGUGAAGAAGAAUUGUCCCUUGAGCUCACUCUUGGUCUCAAGCCUUAAAACUGGAAUUCGAUGCAGAAA